AUGUUCAAGCCCUUGCUGUUCAUUGCUGCUUUCGCAAUACUCUCUCUAGGCUUCCACUUCCAACGUGAACGCCUUUUCCCUUCAUCGUAUCACCCAGCUCCUUCCACGGGCUCCACCCAAGACCAUGUACUCUCACCAAACAGCAUCCAGGCAAUCUACAACAGCACCCUUGGCUUCGGCGACAUCUACAUGAUCAACAUGCCUGGCCGAACUGACAAACUCGAUGCCCUCCGCCUUUUCACUUCCGUCACCAACAUCUCAUACACCGUAGUCCCAGGCAUCGACGGCAAGGAAAUCCCGCACGUCGCUUGGCCAGGCUUCUACAAAGAAGACCUGGCAAGCAGGACCGGCAGCUGGCGCGCUCACAUGAAUGCUGCAGCUUCAAUCCUCGACAAUAACCUCUCGUCCGCCCUAAUCGUCGAAGACGACGCUGACUGGGACGUCUCCUUAAAGACCCAACUCACCCAAUUCGCUCUCGGGAGCCGACACAUUCUCAAUGCGCCCGCGUCCUCUGAGCCGCUGUCCCCUUAUGGCGACGGUUGGGAUAUGCUCUGGCUCGGCCACUGCGCGCAAGACCUGCCCUCAAAACCCCUCGCGCGCUUUUUUAUUGCCAACGACACAACCAUGCCCCCGGCUGGUCGCCGCUGGGGUCUGUGGAAUCCUGAAGAAAUCCUCACGUACGACGUUCUGCACAACCACACCACACGCGUAGUAUACCGCCCCGCUGGCGGCGUCUGUUCAUACGCCUACGCUCUCUCCUACACCGGUGCCCAAAAGAUGCUCUACCAUCUCUCUUACUCCCACUUCGAUGGACCAUUCGACGUUGGCCAAGCCGGUUUGUGCAAGCGCGGUAGAAAGGGAGAGAUCGAUUACUCGUGUGUGGGAGUGUAUCCGGGGCUGAUACAUGCGGUGUUUGGGGACAAUGAUAUGGUGUACGAUCCGACAACACCAAGAAAAGAGAGGGAGAAGAAGAAGGGAACACCUUCUGCGCCGAACUUGGUAUUUGGUGUAAGGGAGAAUGUGAGGAACUUGAUCGAAGGAAAGGAAUUGGUGGGGCGGUGGCAAGGGGAGGAGGAGAUAGGGGAGAUGGAGAUGUGGUUCGACGAGGGGAAGGGCGAAUGA